AUGCUGAGAGUCUCGAGCUCUCGUCGGGCCGCGGGGCUCAAGCCUACCGACUACGACCAUGAGAUCUCACUCGUCGAUCACGAUGCCGCCAGGACACCGCCCCUCGGGCCCCCGACUCCAGAGCCCACCCAAAUGGUGAGGAGCACGACCACCACGCGAUUGCUUGAUCUAGAUGAAGAAGACCAGGAGCAGGAAGACGAGACAUCGCCGAACUCGGACGACACACAGGUUCAAGAUGGGGACAGAGCCCAACCAACAAAGACCCAGGCGCAGAACGGCGAAGGCCAGUCGAGUCCUGUGCCGCGGCCGUCGAUUGAAGUUCAGGUGCCUACUCCCAAUGUCUCGCGUGGAAACGAUUCCCAGAUCAAGCCCAAGAAACGCCGUGAAGAACGAGAGUCGACAAUUGAUAUUCUCUACGAAAAUGAGAGAGGUGGAUUUCUCUGCGGAAUUGCCCUCUUCUCUGGCCAAGCGCUUGGUGGUCUUGAUCCUGCACCUUGGACCAAUGCCUACCAUAAUACAUCCCCUACCAACAUUCACACUGCGCAGCUUCCCGACCCUUCAUGGGUAUGGACCUGGCCUGAAUGGCGCAUCAAUCACCAGGAAGGUGUGGAUGAAGAUGGCUGGGAGUAUGCGUUUGCCUUCUCAAAAAAGUGCUCCUGGCACCGCGCUAGAUGGUGGAACUCCUUUGUGCGAAGGCGUGCCUGGACGCGCAAGAGGGCCAAGAGGCAGACCGAUGAAGUUUCAACUGACCCGCACAUGCUGAAUGCCGAUUAUUUCACAGUCUGCUCUACAUCGGCUCGGAAUCACCGCUCCCGCGACAGCGUGGCCAGCAGUCGGCACACCAGGAGUGUAAGCCAAUCCUCGGUCGUUGACGAUGAAGAGGAAUUGCCAGAUAUUGAGAACAUCGAAGACCUAAUGCGAAUCCUCCGUCAGUCGAGAAUUGAUAGAGAGAAGCUCGAGGCUGCCGAAAAUUACCUCGAGCACGCGGUGGAUCUCUCGCAGCUGCAGAAUGAAAUGCAUGAGAUCAUGUCAAUUUUCGUUUUCCAGGCAUCGAGACGAAUACUGCUGAGCCGCUUGAUGCAUAUGUAUGACGAAUCUACGGCGCAGCUAAAGAAAGAGGAGACUCCGGAGUUGAAGGCCCGCAACGAGGCGAUUAAGGACGCUGCUAAGCACGCCGACGAAGAGGUCCGCAAGUUGGCCUACUGGAGCGAUGUCAAGCAGAUGGCUGAGAACGGCGAGACCAAGAACGCCGUUGAUAGUGACAAAGGAUGGAGCAAUGAGUGGCAAGGCCUGGAUCAGAGUGGAGGAGCUCACCCGAAGGAAGGCGAGUCUCGAAAACAGGCUCGGGCGCGAUGCUCCUCCAUCGCUGGGCCUUUGCUGAUUUCCAGGGACCCGUUGCCCUCCAGGCUGGGCCUCCAUGUGGGCGAUGUAUCAAGCAAACCGCCGAGCGUGGCGUCUAAGCCCGUGAUCGACGAAAAACCCGAGUCCAAGAAUCGACUAUUCAGACAUGCUUUCAAAAUCAAGGCGGACCUGGUUGACGAGCAAGCCAAGAGAACUCACCAUCCCGUAACCGGCCUACCACGAACGUAUCCGAACUCUUCGGCUACAAAGGAAAGCCUCGACGAGCACCUGCAAGAUAUGAGACGCCAGGUUGGACAUGGCAUUGUUUGGGGCCACUUCAACAGGAAGGUGCCGGACUGGAAGGGUUGUUUCAAGCUUAUGAGGCGUUUGACGCCGAAGUGGAGCGAACGGGCCGAGAUGUCUGCUGUGAGGAUCGUCUUGCCGAAGACGUGGACCAUCGAAGUCAACAACCUGAAUCUCGAGUACGUCGACUCCGUUACGGGUGUGCUCCAAAAAUUGCGCGCAUCUGUGGACAAGAACCCAUCGGCCAUUGUGCUUCGCGGGAAGAGCUCUAUUCUCGCCCAAGCGGUUGACGAUAUCGUGCGGUUCUGUAAGGAGGCCGAGGUCUACGAGCUUGGAGAGGUUGCUACAUCCGACUACAGGACCAAGCAGCUGUGGCCUACCAUUGAGGAUGCACCCAAUGGUGGCGCUUCGUUGCCAGAAGACCAAGACGGAAGCAUUUGGGUGCAUAAGGAGUACCAGCCAUACGAGAUCAUGGAGCCAUACGAGAAGAUUUCCAGACCCGAGAUGUGGACACAAGAAAGCUUCGAGACUUAUAUUGCGAGCCUCUGUUAUGGACGAAUUCCUGCUCACCUCGCCAUUAAACUCUACGGAGAGCGUCGAAUAAAUGGAAGACAUAUUGAUACGGACGGCAUCCGCAUCCGCCUGAUUACCGAUGCAUUUGAAGAUCCAACCGCCCACCCGUUCAUCACGGCGCCGGUCCUGAAGAUGGCCGUUUCCAUGAUGGCUUUCAAGGGUGGACAUCGCGCAUCGGCCAAUAAACUCAUUCAACUAGGUGAGGAGCUGGGCACACCCAUGGACACAGAUACUUAUAACCUCAUGCUGGAGGGAUACGCCCACAAACGAGACCUCGGCUUCUUCUACGGAUUCCUCCGCAAGAUGGAGGCGCAGUACUUUCACCCUAACAUCCGUACCUGGCUGCUCUUUCUUCAGCUCAUCAGAGGAGAUAGCGAGAGACGACAGAUUGUCGUGACCAUGUAUGAGCUGGGAAUGCUCAACCAUACUACUACCCGUCGGGGCAUCGCCGAUGUGAUGGCAUCCCUUGAUUCCUACAGUGCCUUCAAGGCGGGUCGGUCUCUGGAGGACUUCCUCGCCGACCAGAAGGAUCGUUAUGGCAAGGAUUGGCUCACUCCCGGUGCCGUCAAUGGCAUCAUCACCGAACUUCUCCGCUUCCACCGCCCCGAAGACCCGCGGAUCGAUGACUGCAAACGUCUCAUCGACAUACAGAUCGAGGCUGGACACCCGAUUGAGACCCAGGCGGUCAAUAUCUUCCUCAAGCACGCCGCAGCAACGAAAGACUGGAACACGGCACUGUGGGCCGUGUCACUAUUCCAACCGGCUGGCUGCCAGCCCAACCAGGACACGUAUAUUUUCCUCAUGACCCUGGCCAUCAACUCGCGGUCACCUCAUGCUCUCGGGACCGUCUACUUCUACGGCGUGCUCCACCGCAAGCUUAAGAAAGUAUCUCGCCAAAUGCUCUCCCAGGUCCUUCUUCGCCAUCACCGCGACCCUUUCUGGCGGCGUUGGGAGUGCCAACCGACCAUCUUCCCCAAAGACGUCAUCGCGACCCUGGAGAACCACAAGAUUGCCACGCCGAGGACUGUUAUGUCCCGUAUUGAGCGGGUCAUUCUUGAUAAGUGGGAAGGGUAUAUCCCGAUCAAGUCUCUUGCUCGAUCCCUUGAGCUUGCCUACCGCUCCAAUGACAUGUCGUUGCACCGACAAGACAAGUCACCCAAGUUGAGCAGCGAUGGUGCCCGUCAGCCUAUCCGGGUCAAGGACUUAGCCAUUAAGCUCCGUCGUGUGGACGGCGAGCCUGGCAACAUCAACGUGCGACUAAAGGGCCGCUUCGAUCCGAAAUCGAUGGUUGAGGGCUGGGCUGACAAGGAGGUGCCGCCGACAGAAGAAGAGCAGCAGCUGGCGGCCCAACAACAACUAGAGCGUGUUGUGCAGCGCAGCAGGAAUACUGGCAUGCGAGGGUCGGUAGAGGAGCAAAUUAAAGCUCCCAACGCCGGUAGGCGCCAUGACCGCCCCUUGCCAUGGAGGACAAGGGUACGUCAAGCUGGAGAAAGCACAUCGCUUCCAUCUCGGGUAACCAGAAGAUUUCGAGCUCGGAGAACUCCAGUGGUGGGGGAGUCGUCGGCACCGGCGCAGGACUCAACACCAAUCAAGUCAAUAGCACCAGAGCCGUCUUCACCAGCGGGGUCAUGA